GCGGAGACGGCGGCCAAUAGGAUCUGCAAGGUGUUGGCUGUCAACCAGGAGAAUGAGCAGCUGAUGGAGGACUACGAGAAGCUGGCUAGUGACCUCUUGGAGUGGAUCCGGCGCACCAUCCCGUGGCUGGAGAACCGUGCUCCAGAGAACACCAUGCAGGCGAUGCAGCAGAAGCUGGAGGACUUCAGGGACUAUCGGCGUCAACACAAACCCCCAAAGGUCCAGGAGAAGUGCCAGCUGGAGAUCAACUUCAACACCCUGCAGACCAAGCUGAGGCUGAGCAACAGGCCUGCCUUCAUGCCCUCUGAGGGAAGAUGGUGUCGGACGUGUCUAACGCGUGGGGCGGCCUGGAGGGGGCGGAGAAGGGUUAUGAGGAGUGGCUCCUUAACGAGAUACGUCGGCUGGAGAGACUCGACCACCUGGCGGAGAAGUUCCGUCAGAAAGCAGCCAUCCACGAAGCCUGGACGGAAGGUAAGGAGGAGAUGCUGCAGGCGCGGGACUUUGAGACGGCCUCUGUCUGAGAUCAAGGCUCUGCUGAAGAAACACGAGGCCUUCGAGAGCGACCUGGCCGCGCACCAGGACCGCGUAGAGCAGAUAGCUGCCAUCGCUCAGGAGUUAAAGUAA